CGGCCCGAAGCCGAGAUGCUGCGCGCAGCCCCGGGCCGCUCGGCGCUAGAGAGGCUCCGCGGCGGCUCCGCGCGCCGCUGACCGCGCGCCGGGCCGAGGGUGUGCCGGCCCCGCCCCCUCGCGCGCCCCUCCCCGCGGCGGCGGCGGCGCUUCCAGGGGCGGCGAGGAGCUGCUCGCCGAGACGCCCGCGCCUGCGAGCCUAGGCUGCCUGGGGAAUUCACUUGGCCGCUUUUACGCGCCUCCCUCCCAGGCUGCUUCUGAUGGCUCUCCGUCUCCGACCCCAUCCUUUUCUCUAAAAGGAAAACUUUGCUGCGAUUUCUUCCUCCCCUCGGAGAAAAGGAUUAAAAGUUCCAAGAACUGGUGCCGCUCGGCGCUGGGACAGUGUUUGCCGGCGGGGCUCCGGUCCCACCAUGUGCACCAACAUAGUCUACGAGUGGCUCAGAGCGCUGCAGCUCCCGCAGUACGCGGAGUCCUUCGUGGAUAACGGCUACGAUGACCUGGAGGUGUGCAAGCAGAUCGGGGACCCCGACCUGGACGCCAUCGGGGUGCUGGCGCCCGCGCACCGCCGCCGCAUCCUGGACGCCGUGCGCCGGCUGCGGGAGCAGGACGCCGCCGCCGCCGGCCUCUACUUCACGCUCGAGCCGCAGCCUCCGCCCGCGCCCGCCUUCCCCACCGGCCGCCGGGGGGAGCCGCGCGGCGGCCCUGCCCAGGGCCCCCGCGGGGACCCCCGCUGCCAGACCGCCGCCCGCAGCAGGGAGCUGGUGAGCUACCCCAAACUGAAGCUGAAGAUCAUGAUCCGGGAUAAGCUCGUCCGCGACGGCAUCCACCUGAGCAAGCCCCCGUACUCCCGCAAGGUCCCAAUGGCUGGCAUCCUAGAGUACUUAAUGAAUUGGCCGAAGUCAUCACAGAACCGCUAGAUAUCAUUUUUGAGAACUCGUGGAGGACUGAUGAGGUGCCUGAAGACUGGAAAAGGGCAUAUUUAGAAACUUCUUUCAAAAAGGGACAUGGAUGCUGACCCUGGAAAUGCUCAUCAGCUUAACUUUUUGCUUGGAAAAAUUCUGGAAUAAUCAACUUAGUGCACUGGAUAACUAACUUGUAAGAGCUAGAAAUGAGGCCAUGAAAUACCACAAAUGAAGUGCUGAGUUCAUUUUUAAAAGACAUACCAUUGCAAGAUACAGUCUUAUGCAUAUUUUGGGAUUCUCCCCUCUAUUCUAUGAAUUCUUGAUGAAAAUAAAUGAGGUUGGCUAAGGCAUCUGAAUAAUAACAAUUUUAAGUGUAACACAAGACAAAAAGCAGGUUUCUGGCAGUAGCUAAUAAUUACAUCAUUUCCAGGUGAACCUUUAACUUGCGAAUAGUAGCUUUACUUUCAUAUUUUAGCAUACAUUUUUUUUUCACUUUAUAGAGAACGCUGUUUUCAUAGGUUGUGAUAUUUCAUAAAAUUCUAUGAAGAAUAGUUUGGUGAGGAAACUCUUUUGUUAAGAUACUUUCUAUAGCUACUUCAUAUAUAACUAUAGUCAUAAAGCUAAUCAAUUAAGAAACAUGACCAAGGGAAGAACAUUUCUUCCCUGUCAAUUUAAUCUGGCUCAAGUUCAAUAUUAAGACCAAAAAGAGUGUCUUGCUCUGACUGAGCUGAGCAGGCAGUAUUUACCUUGAUGGCUAGUUUUCUUCUCUGCCUGGAGACUCAUGGGUACUUUAUCUCACUCCCCAGGUUUCCUACUUCAGGCCUGAAAUGGGACAUGGAGGUGGGCAGUGGCAGUGGGCAUUAAGAGCCCCUGUAUAGCCGCAGCUAAAAAGGAGAGUAGAAUGAAGUGGGAAGAGGAAAUUAAGACGAAUCUGGAGUUUUUCUAAUUACUAUUGCUCUUGCCUUUGGUGUUUACUUUUACUUUCUGCUUAGAAAACACAGCCAUGUUGAUGAGACCCAAAAUUUAGUUGAAAAGAGAUCUUCAGAGAAGAUACAGACAUGCAACAGCUUUUGAGAGCUUCUGAGCAAUAUUGUAUUACAGAAUCUCCCUACACUACUUAAAAGUACAUAGGAGAUGUAAGGUCACAUCAGUAUUGUGAUGCUCAGAGUAAGAAAGUCUCAGAGGAAAAGAAAUUGACAUUCAUUUCUUCCUGGUGGUUACUGCUCUUUAGGAAUGGGUAGGCAGUUAAGGUCUCCAAGGAUGAUUUUUAUCACAAUACUGCUUUAAAAACCUAAGGUUUGCAUAAUUUAGCUACCUCUAGAGAUUAAUUUAGAUAUGGGGUAAAAUCAGUCUCACCCUUAAAUACAUAUGCAAGGAAACUAAACUCUAAAAGCAUGUAUAAACUGUCCUUUAAAGUCUACAUAGCUUGCAGUUUCAUAAGGAUCUACUCCAGUCAACCUUUUGUCAUUUUUUUUUCAAGGGAAUAAUGUCUUUAUGAUUUCCAAGCUGGGUUUCUUUUUGAGUGGGGGGGGGGUCUGUAUAGAUUCUAGAUAUAAUUUAUUGUGAUAAUAAAUGGCUUCCUGUGUAUCAUUUCCGGGUGCAGCAUCUUUGGCAGAUUUAUUUCACGGAUAUACAUUUACAUGCAUUUGUUGAACUGUUGCUAGAAAGGACCCAAUUUAUGACAAAUCCGUUAUUUUCAUCAUGGGCAUUAUGCAUGCAAUCAAAUCUACUGCAACCAAAAAAAAAAAAAAAGGACUCUGGUCAUUUCAAGUUCCAUUUUCUAUUUGUGUAAAGUCUAACUUCUGUCAUCUUGCCAAAUUCAAAUCUUCUCUUGGUAUCUACUGUUGGAUUUUAAAAAUAACAAUCCUCUACCUAAAUUAAGAGUCACAAUCAAGAAGGGUGAAAUAGCCAGUGGAUUUUUAAAGACAUCUUGCCUAAAGUUGGCAGAAGAAAAAAAACUAAGCAGAGAAGUAUUGAAGGAAGCCCAUUAAUGCUUUUGCAUUAAAUCAAGAUGAGGUGAGAGAAUAUAAGAGAAAGGAAGUAAGCAGUCUUACCAUGAAUUAUAUGUGGAAAUAAUUAUUCUUAAGAGUAAUUUUUUCACAGCGUUUUUUCAUUUAUCUAACAUUCAUGAUAUCCUUAAUUUUUUAAGGUAAAUGAAGUAGCUGAGGGAUGGAUAUGUUAUCAAAACUAGAGGAUUAUCUUGACUUACACUUCCUGGAACAUCAAGAGAGAUUCAUGACACUUUUACCUCGACCUAUUGAGGGAUCUGGAGUGUUGUAGCAAAACCUUUUUCAGUUCAUCUUAAAACUUAAUUUUUGAAGAUGAGGAAAGGUUUUAUUCACAUAAAACAUUUCUCGGCAUAGGGACUGCCUAAGGCUCCUGCUCACCAAAGGCAGCUACAGCCACAUGGAAGAGCUGCACUCAAGCAGUUUCUCAAUCCAGAGAAAAUUACAGUGCCUUGGUGUUGUGAAAUCAGCAACAAAAACAAUAAGAAUUGAGUUUUUACUUUGGGGUUGCCCAGAUCUCAGUUCAAAUUCUAGCAUCAUCUGGGUGACUUUUUCCUGUAGUGAGUCUUAAAAAUCUAAGCUGCCGUGUAGCAUGGACAGUGAUCUUCAACAGCUAUUAAACUCAUCAGAGCUUUCUAUUCUGGCCCAUAAACUGGGAAAAAUAAAUACCUCCUAUAGUAAGAGGCUUGAGAGUUCUGCAGUGUAUGCGCACACAGCUCCUGGUCCAGUGCUUGACACGGGGUAGGUGCUGAGUGCUUCUCCCUUCCCUUCCUUACUCUCAAUUACCUUUGUUUCUUCUUACGGGAAAGAGAUUACCUUAACACUGACCAGAAGAGUCAAGCAUAAAUUGAUGUGUCCUUAUGGCUGCCUUAGACCCACAGAAUAAGGUCCCUCUGCUUUCUUGUAGGAAUGACAAAAAGGUCCCAGUGGCAGCUUGUAGCAGGAGUUCAGUUCAGUGUGCACUGAUUGAAUGAAGAGUGUGAUUUUUAAAAACAAUGAGCAAAUUCGUAAGGCCAGUGCUUUUCAGAUCUGGGGAAAUAGUCACAUAGACACCCAUGAAGGUAUUUCCUUAAUUUCCUCUUUUUGGAAUAGCUGUAGAUUUAUGAAGUUGAUGUGCAAGUUAGUGGUAUAUGUGCAUUUUCCUGGUUUUAUGACUGUUAUUUACAAGUUAGGCAUGUAAAUGGGCACUCCCCCACUGCUGCUUGCUCCUCCUGGGGUAAAUCCAGCCAAGAUACGAAGCAGAUGAUAGUGGAUCAGGAAACUCUUUUCUGCGUGAUGAGAAACCAGAGGUACCAGUGCUGGGAAGCCCCUGCCACAAAAUUGAGGCGAUCAUCUGGGUCGCUCUCCGUGCAGGGUCUGAGUGUUGAACCCGGUGCCUUGCAUGGGCAUGGAAGAAUAACACAAAGAGAGGUUAAAGAAAAUUAAAUUCUUGGACAAAAUAUUUGGUUUAUAUAAAUAUUUAUGUGUAAUAUUUAAGUAGGUAUCAAAAUAGCAUGUUCAAGCAGGUGGAAGAUUUCUGAAUUGCAAAGUAAAUAAGGAAUAAAGAAUAGAAUGUUAUAUCUAGAGACACUCAAGAAACGAGCCAGAGUCUGAACUUAAAUUGCCAAUUCUCUCUUCAGACCAAGGGCCAAGUAAUAGGAAAUUCUCAUGAGAGAUCAGCAGACAACUUGUGCUUAGAAUAAAACCAUAGCAGAGGCUAUAUUAAGCAAAGUAAGUUGUGCAGAGCAAAGCAAAUCAGCUAGGCUUUCUCUUUAAGAAUUUUCUAGCUUUACUCUUAUUAGUGAUCUCAAUGGUCAUCAAUAGAUAUUCCUACAUCAGAUGCUUUACACUAUCAGAUUCUUUGAUUAGAAAUCCUCUUCAGCUUUUAUAUUAUUAGUCUCUAAGGAGAUAAAAUCAAAUAACAUUUACUCCAGUAAUUACUAUUUUAGAUGCUUCCAUAAAUGGCAAAAAGAAAAAAAAAAAGAAUGGUAGUUCAGAAGAAUGAACAAUAUAACUUUUUUAAACUUAUCGCAGUAGAUAUUUUCUUUUAAAUUGUUUAAAUUCCUGGAAAUGAAGUUUUGUGUCUUAUUGUUGUUGUUAAAAGAUUAAGUUUCAGAAGAAAACGGACAGUUAAAUUCCACUUCAAGUGUUGGGUGGUAUCUUUCUCACAAUGUGGCCAAAAUUUCUUCCACUGGAAUGAAAGGAAGUCAACUUUUAAACAUUAUUUAAGAUGAGAAAAGACUUUUAUAGAUGUAUGCUGUAUCAGGCCCUUUGUCCAAUGAAUUUUUCCUUAUUAUUCCAAAACUGAAAUGCUGUAUUGAUUAUUUUGAGGGCUAAGUGGUAUAUUGAUUGGAGCAAAUGUUAGAAAUUCUGUUAUUGAUACAAUCGUUGCCCUGUUCCCUAAGCUUGACAAUAUUUUGAGACAUUAUUUGGUCUACUUAAGGCUCUUAUUUAUUGAAAAGUUCUGCCCAUACAGAAAUGUGUGCAUGGACCUGAAAAAUGAAUAUGUGCAUUCUAGUAGCUGAGCACAGAUUCAUUCUGAAUGAAAGCUGCGAUUUGGUUUUAUAAAUGUAAUUGCAACUGACACUCUUUUUUUCCUUUCAGUUAUUGUUUUAGAAAGGGACUCUGUGAGAGGCACUGUGAAAAGCUUAAUUAGAACAGCAUUAUGAACCAUGGAUUGUAUGCCCGUGCAGAGCUCUGAUUUGCAAACAUAUGUCUGCUCUUCAAUAAAUGUUAUGGCUUUCACAGUG